AUGGAGGAUAUGUUAGAAAAGCGGUUAGCAAGACUGGAAGGUCGAUUAGGUCUGCGGAAAGCGGGGAGCGUUACAAAUGUAAAAGAAGAAUUAGCACUUCUGCGGAAGAAGUUGUCCGAAGUUGGCUGUGGCUUUCUACUGAAAAUUCCAGCUGAUGUAUUGCAAAAGAUCACUGAUCUAGCAACUGGUAGCGAUUAUUUGACCUCAACAGAAAAGAGGAGAGAAAUAGAAUUUGGUCACGAUUUAAUGGUCGAACGAGUUAAAUUGCUGGAAGAGUUCCAGAAAGAUUCCGAGGUUGUGUUCAAAUCUGAAUCAAUUGCAAAUGUAAGUCAUCAUCUACCAGCGCUCGAUGCUGUCGAGAAGGAAAUCAAUGAAUCCGCUUUGGAUGUGCAAAAGCAUCACAGCAAUGUGGCAGAUCUCAAAGAGAAAUUCGUAAUACUUUUGGAGCAACUUAAUUAUCAAAUUCUCGAGUGGGAAAGUAUUGUAGAGAAGUUUGAACAGGAGAAGCAAAAGAAACAAAGAAAUGCAUAA